UUCCGAAUGCACUGUACUUAUAUAUGAGUACUUAUAUUAUAUGAGGCAAUGUAUUUUUGGAGCCGUUCAUGGACAGUUUUGAAUAAGAUAAGUCAUACAAAUAAGCAUUGGAUAUUAAAUGCUCCAGCAAUCAAAUAUAAUUUUUUGACAUUUUAGUAUUGUGCACAUGCUAGGCAGAGAUGGUAGGGGGACUCACAACUCAUAAACACAUCAUUUUUUGUCUAUGUAGAGUAAGUUGAUGGCAAGGAUCUUUAAACCAUCUGAAUAUAGAUAUUCAUUAGAUAUUUUUUGAAGGUUGGGUGAAAUUAAUUGUUAUAACAUGAACAUUUUCAAACAUCCAGCACUUGGGAAACAUAGAUCAGAGAUGGCCAACCCUUCUGGAAAGCAAGCAGGAUUUUCUUCCAUCCCUAUUGUAAAGAUAGAGUUCACCCAACUGACAAAAUAUAAAAUCUUGGUGUCCUUACCUUGAAAGCAGUCUAUGGACAAGGAAACUGUAAUCUAUGAUGUGGUUACCCACUGCCAUCAAUAUAAAAAUGUCCUGUGCAGAGACUUGGCGUAGUGGUAACACUCCCCGGCACGUGUCACAUACAACUUUCCAACUGAGAACAGGGAUCAAUCCAUACUUCCAAACGUCUCCAUGUUUCUAGCAUUUUGCUUGUCUCCCGAUCUCAUUUCAUUACUGUAUGAAUAAAGUGUCAAACCACCUAAAAAAUAUGUUAAAAAAAUAUUAGCAUACUUUACAUUUCACCCAAAAACCUAAAAGUAACAAAGUCGUUGAAUAUUGGGUGUUCAUUUAAUGUUCAAAGCAUCCUGAAUACACCCUGGUCAUAGGCCUUAGCCAUGGAAAAAUACGUAGAAUUGCAGGAAAUUAGCUUUAAAACAGUAAAAUCUUCCUGGGGGAGGACCCCCAGUCCACCAUCUAGGGAUUGUGUCAGGGGGCAAUGAAAUUCACAUGGCAAAACUGACUCCAAGCUUUCUUCAAAAGUUGUCAGCCCUGACUUUGAAAUAGCACAAAACUAGACCUACAAUGUGAACUGAAAAUACUUGCCGUAAUGUACUUUUGUGAAUAGUUUGAUGUUGUAAAGUGUAUAAUGUUGCUUUAGUUUAAUGGUCCAAUGUCAAAUUCCAUUUUAUACAAGCCAAAUGUAUGGGUGGACAAACGCGAUCAUAUUUUAUUGUGCCCCGAGGCUGCAGAAAUUGCAAGUGCUCAUGUGCUCUUAAUAGGAAGAGAAUACUAACCGUACAAUACAGUACAUAUGGAACUGUUUUCAAAGCAAAAAACAGAGAAACGCAUGAAAUCGUGGCUUUGAAAAGAGUGAGAUUGGAUGACGACGAUGAGGGGGUCCCAAGUUCUGCCCUGCGAGAAAUUUGCCUCCUGAAAGAACUGAAGCAUAAAAACAUUGUGAGGUUGCAUGAUGUUCUGCACAGUGACAAGAAGUUAACAUUGGUGUUUGAAUUUUGUGAUCAGGAUCUAAAGAAGUACUUUGACAGCUGCAAUGGAGACCUAGAUCCAGAAACGGUCAAGUCAUUCAUGUACCAGCUGUUGAAGGGGCUUGCUUUCUGCCACAGUCGGAAUGUUCUCCAUAGAGACCUGAAGCCACAGAACCUUCUCAUCAACAGGAAUGGGGAAUUGAAGCUGGCUGACUUUGGCUUGGCUCGAGCCUUUGGAAUCCCAGUGAGAUGUUACUCAGCAGAGGUUGUGACGUUGUGGUAUAGGCCCCCAGAUGUGCUCUUUGGUGCUAAGCUUUAUUCUACCUCCAUUGACAUGUGGUCUGCUGGAUGUAUAUUUGCAGAGUUGGCAAACGCUGGAAGGCCCCUUUUCCCGGGUAAUGACGUCGACGACCAGCUGAAGAGGAUCUUCAGAUUGUUGGGUACACCAACUGAAGAGCAGUGGCAGACAAUGACAAAGCUCCCAGACUACAAGCCGUACCCCAUGUAUCCAGCCACGACCUCACUGGUGAAUGUUGUCCCCAAACUCAGUAGCACAGGACGGGAUCUGCUGCAGAAUCUGUUGAAGUGUAAUCCUGUCCAGAGGAUCUCUGCAGAGGAGGCAUUGCAGCACCCCUACUUUGCUGAUUUCUGCCCACCGUAGAUGAGAUGCCAAAACACACGUCACUUAACUGAACCUCAGACAUCGGAAUCAAUCCUCUUUCUCUCCAUCUUCUCUACAGGACCUGUCUAUCCUGACUCCCUGCAAGACUCAUCUUCCAGCAGCACCCGUUUUAACUAAGAGACUUCCUUCCCUUCAGUAUAUCCUGUUGUGCCUCCUAAUGGAAUUAAGUCCUUGUGUGCUCUGCAAGAUUUUAGGUUCUACUAGCAAGCCUGUUUGUCUUCUCUUUGUCUGUUAAGCACAUUAAGCGCACUGACAUAGGAACAUAACAUGUAGCGAUGAACAAUUCUGGACCCGGAGAAACAGUGAAUCCUUCUGAGCCAAUAGCUGCACAGCAGAGUAAGCGGUUUGAACAAUUGCAUUAGUGUGCUGCAUAAUGUACUGGCAAAAAUGUAGUUAUUUGGAUACAUUCUUCAAAUAGUGUUUGUGCCACUGCUGUUAACUUGUCAAUAUUGCAUUAAUAGUUUAUGAUAAGAUUGGAGACAGUCUUCCUUGUCCUUCAUCAUAGUCUAAACCAUUUCCCACUUACUUUAAUAGGAGGUUGUAAAACAGAGGGGAGGUUUAUUUAUAUUUAUCAGUUAAUUCUCAGGCUCUCUAUUUAGCUCUUUGUAUUUGAUUUUUUGUGUGCACUUUGGGUAAAUGGCAUUUUCUUUUUUAAAAGUUUAGAUCUAGUCCCGGUCAAGUAAAGUUGAACACAAAGAUGGGGUCAACAUAUGUAUUAUGAACAGUGGACCAUACGUACUUGAGUAAUUGCUUUUAUUUUUUAGUUUCAUUUUGUAACUUUCUACCAUCUUUGCGCUUUGACCUGAUGUCUUAUAGUUUAAUGAAAGUGAAGUGAGAGCGGAGGAAAUCCGUUGAUACCUAAUAUUACUACAUUACCAUUGUUUUGCACCACUGCCUUUAGCUGUGUUCACGCAGAUGGGUAACUUCAUUUUGGCAAAGAACUAGUACGUUUUGCAGUGUUAUUUUACUCCAGAUAGUCACUACUUAUCCCACGAAAGCCAACAUGUUUAACUCCUAUUUGAGGUUGCUGUCAACUACCAAAACUUUGGUUUUGAUCAAUAGGGAAAAUAUUUCAUUUUGAUGUAAGAGAAAAAAAUAAUAGAAUGCAUGUAUUUAUUGAUAAUUGAAUGUCUGCUUAUGUAUGCAUUUAGUCUCUUUUUUUUUAUAUACAACACAUUACCUUUCAUGAGUUGCAAUGUUCUCCUUAUUAAAAUAAUGAAAUGUGUGACACUUAGUUCUUUAAUGCUUUUGCGGCGUGUGUGUGUUUGCAUCCGAGUUGAGUUGGAACAUCACAAGAUUCCAUUAUCACAUGUAAAGACAAGCAAUUCCCCGUGCUUAUUUUAGAAAAGAGUACUGUAGAAUAUUAGUUUAAAUAUGACAUGAUUUUAAUCUUUAUUUAGAAUGACGAGUGAACUUUGCACUUUCCUAUUAUCAUAGUUUUAUUGUAGGACUUGGGUUAAGUAUUUAGACAAUUGCUGUCAGUCAGUUGUCUUGAAAUUUCAAAACACGACAGUUCAAUAAAGUGGACUCAAAGGUU